UUGGUAACGACGAGUGAUUUAAUUCCCACCCUUCCCCGUUGAUGAUGCGUGUUCACGCACACAUGCCGAUGGGCCGGGUGGGCCCUACCAGCACCAACACCAUCAGCCGGUCUUCGGUCGCAAAAGUUGGGCAGUGAAGUUGUGCGGUUACCUUCAUCGUCUCCAUCGGGGAAGGUGUGCGUACAGUGCUGACUGAGGGGCGCGGAACAACGGAAGACACGGUCAGUCCGUCGGUGGUCAGCGAACAGAGCAGCUCACCAGUUCGUCAUUCGUUGUGCGGUGCCGUUACACGGACAAGGGACAACGUCUCGCGAGCUUCCCGUUUACUUUGCUGUACGUGGAACGUCGACACCCAAAUGGCCGGGCUAUUCAAUCUGCGACGGUACGGUGCAUCCAUCGCCCGGCACCAUCUGCUAACCGGCGGCCCAACCCGUCGACGACCGCCACCGCACGCGAAUGUGUUCGGACGGGCACUGCACACCAGCACGGUGCUGGAUCGUGUCGUUUCCUUCCAUCUGUCCGACAUCGGCGAAGGUAUCCGGGAGGUAACGGUGAAGGAGUGGUACGUGAAGGUGGGCGACGUGGUGGAACAGUUCGACAAUCUGUGCGAGGUGCAGAGUGACAAGGCAUCGGUAACGAUCACCAGCCGGUACGAUGGAAAAAUCGUCAAACUGCACCACAAUGUCGACGAGAUAGCGCUCGUCGGCAAACCGCUGCUCGAUUUCGACGUGGAGGACGAGGAAGAGGACGACAGCAGUAGCAGUAGUAGCAGCAGCUCGGAUGAGGAGAGCGAGCGGAAGGAUACGAAAUCGGCUGCAGCUGGUGAACAUGCACCGACCGGUAAGGUCCUUGCGACGCCCGCCGUUCGCAGGAUAGCGAUGGAGAACAAAGUGGACCUGACGCAGGUACCGGCGACCGGGCGCAAUGGGCGUGUGCUCAAGGGUGACGUGCUGGAAUUCCUGCAGGUCAUCCCCAAGGGUACGGUUAAGCCACAUCCGACCCUCCUUGCGCAAUCUGGCAUCAAGGAGCAACGCAAACCCGAACCGGCUACACCGAUCGAUCUGAAACAGGCAGAAACAGUCGUACCACUGAAGGGCGUCGCAAAAGCUAUGGUUCGUUCGAUGACGGACGCGCUGAAAAUACCACACUUUGCGUACUGCGACGAGGUGGAUGUGACGAAGCUGGUGGAGGUGCGCUCUCAGCUUAAGGAAGAAGCGGCUCGUCAGGGCAUCAAGCUAACGUAUAUGCCGUUCUUCCUGAAGGCAGCCUCGAACGCGCUGCUCCAACACCCAAUACUGAACAGUUCCUUCGACGAAUCGUCCGAGAGCGUUAUCUACAAGAAGUAUCACAACAUCAGCGUCGCUAUGCAGACACCACAAGGUUUGGUAGUGCCGAAUGUGAAGAACAUUGAGCAGAAGUCCAUACUGCAGAUAGCGAACGACCUGAACGCAUUGCAGGAACGUGGUGCGAAAGGGGCGCUCACACCGAGCGACUAUGCGAACGGUACGUUCGCCCUGUCGAAUAUUGGAAUUAUCGGUGGUACAUAUACGCACCCGGUCGUCAUGACGCCGCAGGUCGCAAUCGGUGGACUCGGCAAGACCCGAGUGUUGCCUCGGUUCGACGAUGCCGGACAAGUGGUACCGGCCCACAUAAUGGUGGUCAGCUGGACGGCAGAUCAUCGCGUGAUCGAUGGUGUGACAAUGGCUAGCUUCUCCAACCUGUGGAAGCAGUACCUGGAGAAUCCAAACCUGCUAAUGUUGGGCCCCAAGUGAGAUAUCCGAGUGCCUAGCACCCGCUUGAUGUCGGAACCAAUGCUCCGUAGACUACAUUCCCCUUCCAAUGUGCCGAUAUUGCAUUUACUAGUUGUUUAAGGCUUAUAUUAUCUCACGUACUACGCGAAUUCUAAUGAACUGCCGUUUGCAGUAGGUGGUAGAGAGGUACUCCAUUGAAUGGAGUAUCGAGCAGAGCUCAAACCAAGAAAUUCCAUUUGCUGUGGUGGUUGCGUGUUGUAGUAUGUUUCAUACAUGCUAGAGUAGCGUCGUGUGUCUCCUAUACGAACUAGUGUCGUUUUUUUUUCCCCCGCACCAAGUCAAUAAACGUAAACUUCCAACAAA